AUGGCUGUCCAAAGAUCUAAGCAAUACUUCAUGGAUCCCGUCGACAUGUUUUACCCGAUGGAUGUCUACGGACACACCGACCUAUCCCGUCUUCCCCAUUCGUACUUCGAUACCCACAUGUUCGAGUCCGAGCUCAAGAACCCCAAUUUCUCUACACCUACAACACCUCCUUCCGCAUACUCUACAGAACCCCAGGUUCCCACUGGCUCUGCUGCCUCUGGACCAUCCAUUGCGAGCGCAUCCUCCUCUGCCAUGGGAUCUCCAUAUUCAGGGACCGCGCAUGCUUUCCAGGAGAAUUGGGUCAACACAAACAACGGGCUGGGCCUGCCAGGUGUAGUCAUGAAUGAUCUGUUCUCGCAAGAGUAUAUGGGAAACACUAUGGAUAUGGACAUGCUCUAUCAAGAAAAGUUCCCGGACAGUUAUGUCGAUCCUUCAUUGAUCCAACCAGUGCAGCAAGGCCCUGGUCUCACUCCUACUAUCUCCUAUCCCGAACAUUCCAACUCUUACUCUAACCUGCCACACAACUACCUUGUGCCCUCUCCCGCAACUUCCCCCCAUCCAUAUAACGAUAUCGCAGAGCGCCAUCCCUCUCCGCGCUCGCACCCGGCGCAACAUGCUGGGCCAUCGCCUUUGAUGGUGCCGCAGUCACAAUCGCGACCAGUCUCGUUAUAUGAUAGACGAUCCUCUAUCUCCUCCAUCCGAUCGCGACACUCGCAGCACAGCCCGGCGCUGAGCAGCAUUGAUCCGGAUGAUGAGACCAAGGAGAAAGGGCAAUGCCCUCACCCCGAGUGCGGACGUGUUUUUAAAGAUCUAAAAGCACAUAUGUUAACUCACCAGUCAGAGCGGCCAGAGAAGUGCCCGAUUCUGACCUGCGAGUACCACACCAAGGGCUUCGCUCGCAAAUACGAUAAGAACCGCCAUACAUUGACCCACUACAAGGGCACAAUGGUCUGCGGGUUCUGCCCGGGACCUGGAUCUCCUGCCGAAAAGAGCUUCAACCGCGCCGACGUCUUCAAGCGCCACUUGACUUCCGUCCACGGUGUGGAACAAACACCACCCAACUGCCGCAAGCGCAGCCCCAGUGCAUCAACAAAGAAGGGCACAAACUAUAGCAGCGAUGCCACCGGCAAGUGCUCGACCUGUUCCGCGACUUUUAGCAACGCCCAGGACUUCUACGAGCAUCUGGACGACUGUGUCCUGAGCGUGGUGCAGCAAGAGGAGCGUUCCGAGGCUAUCAACCAGCAGCGCCUGGCAGAAGUCGCCGGCGACGAGGAGGUCAAGAAAACGAUGGAAAAGCACCAACUUGACGUGUCCGAUCCUGCCGAUACAUUCAAUGAUUAUGACGAGCUCAACAAUGACGAUUCCCACGACUUCUCCAACUGGCGCGCCGGUCACAGCGGCCUAAAAUCCACCAAAGGGAACGGCAUCCCUUCCUCGCGCUCGAUAAUUGGAUCCGGCAACGCUAUCUCUAAAACGAAGCCACAUCGAGCCAUCGCAACUCGCCGCCGCAACAACCGCGGCAAUUAUCCACAGUCCUGGGGCUGUCCCAGCAGCAGCAUCAAGACCAAGAAGCGUGUGCUCUGCGUCUUCGAUGGCCAGCGCCGGCUGUGGAAGGAUGAGAUGAUGCUCAAUAAUGAAUUCGAGGUCCGUGUCCGACUGCCUCGUCAUGUGGAAGAUGACCGCGAUGCCUAUGUCACCGAUCUGGACAUUGAGACCCUCAACCGUGCUGAGGGUGUUCUUGGCGCUACGGAUGAGGAGCGCGGUCCUUGGAUUGGUGGUCCCGCGUCUUAUAUUAUGGGCCAGCCGGCGAUGCCUCUGCCAGAAAUUGGCCAGAUGCAUGAUGAUGAGAUUUCUAUCAAUGAAUUAAUGGCUUGA